AUGGCAGAAGCUAUUUUGUGCGGUCUGCAAUCAUCUGGACAUCCUCCUUCAAAACUUCGUUAUUCUGAGCCUUUUGAACAAAGAUAUCAAUAUAUGCAAACCAAAUAUCCCGAUAUGGCCGGUUCCACUGAUAACGCUGAAGUUGUUCAGGAUGCCGAUGUGAUUGUGCUAGCUGUCAAGCCACAAGUUCUUCGUAAGGUCGUUGUUGAUUUAGGCCCUUCUAUCUUACAACAGUCCAGAAUACCUCUUAUCAUCUCCAUUGCAGCUGGUAUUACUACGUUCGACAUCAAUAAGUGGAUUUGUAGUAAGUGUGAGAGCAACGACAGUAACAAGGAGGUGGCUAUUGUUCGUUGUAUGCCGAAUACGCCUGCCUUGGUAGGCGAAGGCUCUGUUGGUUUAUUUGCAACCGAAAAUGUGAAACAAGAACAAAGAGAUAUGACAGAAAAGAUUAUGAAAGCAGUGGCUAAGCAGGUAUCCUGGGUUGAAGACGAAUCGUUGAUCGACACAGUAACGGGUAUUAGUGGUAGUGGUCCCGCUUACUUUUUCUUAAUCAUGGAAGCUAUGCAAAACGCUGGUAUUGAAGCUGGAUUAACACCCGAAGACGCCAAAGCUUUAACCAUUCAAACAUGUAUUGGUGCAGCACGUAUGGCUCAAACAUCAGAAGACGAUUUGGUUACUCUGCGUCGUAAAGUCACUUCACCUAAAGGUACAACAGAAGCUGCAAUCAACUCUAUGGAAGCCAAUGGGAUCAGAAAGGCCAUGGCAGAUGCUGUCUUUGCUGCUCAAAAUCGUGGUAGAGAAUUAGCAGAACAGUUAGGCAAAGAGGCUUAA